AUGGGGGUCCACCAUUGUCUCCAAGAUGAUCGGCAUACCGAUUCGAACAAAGUCUCCAAGGGUGGUGAUUGCAAGUCGGAUGCUGACUGCCCAGAGCCGCAUUCAAAGUGCGCAAAGCUGUCCAAAAUGCGCUUCUUCCUCCUCAUUCUUCUUAUCGUCGCGAUGGCGGUCGAGAUUUGCUCCGCGCUUUCUUGCCAGACCGACGACGACUGUGCCGGGAUUUGGAUUCAUCCGCCCUUCACCUGCAUCAAGAAUGGGGCGGGGGCUGGUUACUGUGGACAUCUCGAGCCU